AUGCUGAUCGGAAUAGUUGGUUCUAAAUGUGCCGGCAAGGCCACUGUGGCUCAAUAUCUGGUAGAGCACCACGGCUUCAAGAGGGUGCACUUGAGUACGGAAAAUUCCCAACAGAAUGCUGUCACCAAUGGAGCAACAGCAUCAUCACCUGUCACCUCAUCCUCACCAGCAAAGCAGCCAUCAUUAUCUCAUGCCCGGAUCUCACAGCCGGCACACGCCUUUGACAAUGUGACAACCCUCUUGGACUUUGUCACAAAGUCUUGGCGGUCUCGCUGGGUCAUCACCUCCAUUCCGUCCGAGGCGGUCCUGGAAGCCCUCUCGAGACGGCCCUUCUUCAUCCUCUUCUCGGUCGACGCGCCGUUGACGGUGCGCUGGGAGCGCCAUCAGUCCCGCUCGGCGCAGCCCACCACGCUGGAGGAGUUUGUGAACGAGUCGGACGAGAACUUGUAUUCACCUGUGAAUGGGGCCAUGACCAUGAUGUCCCGAGCAGCCGUGCGCCUCCUCAACACAUCAUCAGACUUGGCACACCUAUACGCGACGCUCGGAAAGCUAGACCUGACGAACCCGGACCGGCUCCGGCCGUCAUGGGACGCCUACUUCAUGUCGCUGGCGUCGCUGGCGGCGCAGCGAUCCAACUGCAUGAAGCGGCGCGUGGGCUGCGUGGUCGUCGGGCCGUCGCGGCGCGUCGUGAGCACGGGGUACAAUGGCACCCCGCGCGGCGUGCGCAACUGCAGCGAGGGCGGCUGUCCGCGCUGCAACGCCGGCGAGUCCUCGGGCGCCGCCCUCUCCACCUGCCUGUGCCUGCACGCCGAGGAGAACGCCUUGCUCGAGGCCGGCCGCGAGCGCAUCCGCGAGGGCAGCAUCCUGUACUGCGAUACCUGCCCCUGCCUCACUUGCAGCAUCAAAAUUGUCCAGAUUGGUAUCAGCGAGGUAGUCUACAGCCAAGGGUAUCACAUGGAUCAGGAUACCGCCGAGAUUUUCCGCAGUGCCGGAGUACGGCUUCGGCAGUAUAUUCCAGUGAGUCUCACCAGCGCUUCUGCUCUACCAGAAGGACAAAAGAACCUUCAAAGCGGAAAUGAGCUAACUUGGAAUUCUCCCGCAGCCAGCAAAUGGAUUGAUACAUACUGA